UUCAUAAAUGAAUCGAGCUCCUGAUCAUUGUGACAGUCGGCCACGAUAAGCAAUGUUGUAUUUAUUUAUUUAUUUGGAGAUUUCUCGAGAUGAAUAACAAACGGAUCCGCCUGAUUUAGGAAAUUAUUUCAGUUCUUAAUGGCAGACCAGAUGAAAGUGGUAGCGGUAUUGUCCGCUUUCACCCGAGGAGUGUUUUCACUGUGACACCUAUGUCCAGAACAAGUUGAUGUCAACAUAACGCUUACAGAACAUUUCGUUAUUCUUUUUAUACAGUUGGUUACCUAACGAGUUAACUAAAUGAGCAGUAAAAGCGACUCUCAGAAUGGUAACCGUCCCGAGCGGAACGUGGCUUACAUUUACAGUUCACAGUUUAUCCAAACUUGCGAUUCACUAUCAAAAGUCCCCAACAGGGCAAGUAUGGUGCACUCUCUAAUAGAAGCCUACGGAUUACUGAAACACAUGAGUGUGGUGAAGCCACGGUUAGCAACCAUGGAGGAUAUGGCGGUCUUUCACACAGAAGCGUACCUUGAGCACCUGCAGAAGAUCAGUGAGGACGGUGACAAUGAUGAUCCUCAGUCUGUUGACUUCGGUCUUGGUUACGACUGCCCGGUGGUGGAGGGUAUUUUUGACUACGCCGCGGCGGUCGGCGGGUCCACCUUGACGGCUGCCCAGUGCCUCCUCGACGGGAAGAGCAAAGUGGCAAUCAACUGGGCAGGGGGCUGGCACCACGCCAAGAAGGACGAGGCCUCUGGGUUUUGCUACAUCAACGACGCCGUGCUGGGCAUUCUGAAGCUGAGGGAGAAGUACGAGAGAGUGCUGUACGUGGACGUGGACCUUCACCAUGGCGAUGGUGUGGAGGACGCUUUUAGUUUCACCUCUAAAGUCAUGACCGUGUCGCUGCACAAGUUCUCUCCUGGUUUCUUCCCUGGAACUGGGGACCUGUGUGAUACUGGUCUUGGGAAAGGACGCUGGUACACUGUCAACGUUCCCCUGGAGGAUGGCAUUGGAGAUGAUCGGUACUUCCAAGUGUUCACCAGUGUUAUACAGGAAGUGCGUGCGCUGUUUAACCCUGAAGCAGUUGUGAUGCAGCUGGGAGCGGACACCAUGGCAGGGGACCCCAUGUGCUCCUUCAACAUGACUCCCGUGGGUGUUGGAAAGUGCCUGUGCUACGUGCUGAAGUGGGACCUACCCACGCUGCUGCUCGGAGGAGGAGGCUAUAACCUUGCCAACACGGCCCGAUGCUGGGCCUAUCUGACGGGGACGGUGCUGGGCCAAACGCUUCCCUCCGAGAUACCGGACCACGAGUUCUUCACAGAGUACGGGCCGGACUACUCCCUGGAGAUCAGCCCGAGCUGUCGACCCGACCGCAACGAGACCCAGCAUCUGGACCGGGUCAUCGGGACCAUUAAAGGGAAUCUGAAGAAUGUAGUUUAAGACCAAGCUUCAGCUCAUAUUUCCAAAUCAGGCCAGCCAAGCUAAUGAAGACAGUAUGUGGAAGAGAUUGCCAGAGGGGAGCUUUGGAAAACAUUACUUGAAUGUUUCCAGGGGACUUUUUAAUGGGUAAACGAGUAUGCUGAGGUUGCCUAUUUAAUUCUCUUUUUUUUAAUGGUGGGUGGGGUUUUUUAUUGCAAGUCCUUUUGGAACUAAUAUUAGAUUAAACACGCAUACAAAUAUGAUGUGGAAUACAUUUUUACCAUGUGUUUGACAUAAUGUUAUGUUAUGCACUGCUUAAAAGAUGCACAUGGAGUAAAGCACAGUGUUAAUGUCUUUUGAAAUUGGCUGUUACUUGGCAACAUCUUGGAGGGAGCCUUCAACACUGUAUGUUAUGUAGUGAUAAUUUCUGAUUGAAAUGCAGAUCAGAUGUAUGGACCAGCCAGCCCCUUCCUCACAGAUUUGACUCCCCACACCCUGUGAUAAGUGCCACCCCCAAACCCCACCCCCACCCCAAAAAUCUGGUCUUGCACAGCCAGGAUAUGCUGGAUGACACUGAAUGUUUAUUGGAAAGAUUAGUCAGUCAGAAGCCUAUGUGAGGUAUGCUGGGCUAUCAGCUGUACUGCAAAGAGAAGCUGGUCCUCCAGUGAAAUCUGGGGCAUGGUACAGGUCCAGACUCUCUGGGGUUCAACAGGAAGUUCAGUGUCAUGUGCUGUUGGGAAGGGAUCGCUCUAUUGUUUUUCCACAGAUCAAACCCCAGGAAAAACUAAGCGACCACUUCCAGUUAUUUCAGAAUCUUCUUUUAAACAUGAACUUAGUGAUGUGGUAACGGUGUUUUUGGUUUCACUAAACCUUGGAAAUGAUGUUUUUUUGAAUGGUUUUUAUUACCUAUUUCUUCUGCUCUCACUGUACAUAUUUAUUUAGCAAAAUCUUCAUUUUUAAGUGAAAGACGAUUAUACAUUGACUAGAAUAAAGGACAGUGAAAGAGA